AUGGCCCUGGCAUUCUUUUCCCCGGCGGGCUGGAAAAUCCGGGGUAAUGAGACUGCCAAUCCAGCACCAUCCGGCUGCCACUCGGCCGCUUUCGGUCCAGAUGGUGAUGGGCGACUCGCUCUGACAGGAAGAUCACAACAAGGGGUGAUCACUUCCCCCCGCGAUGAGUCUGAGGGGAGGUUCUGGGUCGAUUGUGACCGGUUCGCUUGCGCAGGAACAGCACGAAUCAUUCGUCCGCCAAAUAAAGUUCAUGGAACCUUUAAUUCCGCCUUUGAUCGGCAAGGCUCUAAAUUCAGCAUCUGUGGAGAUGAAUUCAGCAACACGAGCUACAAGUACGACGUUGACGAUGUCGAUGACCAGCGUUGA